AGAGCGUUUGCCAGCUAUAUAAACUGGCAGCAGGGACCCCCAGAUUUGGGUGCCCCUAUUUCUGCUGUGGUGAACAGGAUCUGAUCCCGAGGACUGUUACCUUUUGUUCUUGUCUGGUGUGCAGUGUAAGAAAGCAAUCAUGCCUUUCGGAAACACCCACAACAACUUCAAGCUCAACUACAAGGUUGAGGAGGAGUUCCCCGACCUGAGCCUCCACAACAACCAUAUGGCCAAGGUUCUUACCAAGGAAAUGUAUGGCAAGAUUAGGGACAGGCAGACACCCAGUGGCUACACUGUGGAUGAUGUCAUCCAGACUGGUGUCGACAACCCUGGUCACCCCUUCAUCAUGACCGUUGGCUGCGUCGCUGGUGAUGAGGAGUCCUAUGAGGUCUUCAAGGAGCUUCUGGACCCCAUCAUCUCAGACCGUCAUAAUGGAUACAAGCCUACUGACAAGCACAAGACCGACUUGAACUUUGAGAACCUGAAGGGUGGUGACGACCUGGACCCCAACUAUGUUCUGUCCAGCCGUGUCCGUACUGGACGUAGCAUCAAGGGAUUCACCCUGCCCCCCCACAACAGUCGUGGCGAGCGCAGAGCUAUUGAGAAACUGUCCGUUGAGGCUCUGGCCAGCCUGGAUGGUGAGUUCAAGGGAAAGUACUACCCCCUGAAGUCUAUGACUGAUGCCGAGCAGGAGCAGCUGAUCACUGAUCACUUCCUGUUCGACAAGCCAGUCUCCCCCCUGCUGACCUGUGCUGGUAUGGCCCGUGACUGGCCUGAUGCCAGGGGCAUCUGGCACAAUGAGAACAAGUCCUUCCUGGUGUGGGUCAAUGAGGAGGAUCACCUGCGUGUCAUCUCCAUGGAGCAGGGUGGCAACAUGAGGGAGGUCUUCAAGCGUUUCUGCGUUGGCCUGAAAAGGAUUGAGGAGAUCUUCAAGAAGCACAACCAUGGCUUCAUGUGGAACGAGCAUCUCGGGUACAUCCUGACCUGCCCCUCCAACCUGGGCACUGGACUGCGUGGUGGUGUCCAUGUCAAGCUGCCCAAGCUGAGCACACACCCCAAGUUCGACGAGAUUCUCACCAGGCUGCGUCUGCAGAAGCGUGGAACAGGUGGUGUGGACACAGCCUCUGUGGGAGGUGUGUUCGACAUCUCCAACGCUGACCGUCUGGGCUCCUCUGAGGUGGAGCAGGUCCAGCUGGUGGUUGAUGGUGUCAAACUGAUGGUUGAGAUGGAGAAGAAGCUGGAGAAGGGAGAGGCAGUCGACAGCAUGAUCCCUGCCCAGAAGUAGAGAGGAACAAUCUCAUCUUCCCGUGACCAUUCAUUUAUGUUCAACGGAGCCAGCUGAUGGCUUUGCAGAGGAAACAGCUGCUCACAUAGAGACUCUUGACUCCGCUCACCUUUUUUCUCCUUACAACGUUUUCUUUCCUUUCUCCGUCAUCAUUUUUUUUUUCAAGUUCUCCUGUGUUGGUUGGUAACAUCCUGGGAUCAGCCUCCACUGAGCUGGGCUCGCCUAGCAGACGUGGCAUCACCCAGUUUUUAUAGUUGAGAGUAAUGGUUAUUGAAGGCGUUCAUAUUACUCAAUAAAAGGUGCCCCGUGAAACAA